AUGAUUCCAAAUUUGGUGAACAUUGAAGAUCAUCCAUUUGAAGUAAAUCAUCAAGAAUUUAUACCAUCUAAAUCAUAUAAUUCAGAUAACUUUGAUGUUUAUGAUCAAGAAGAAAAUUCUUCCUUCAAUGAUAUGCCAGUAGAAGAAGAAGUUAUACCAGAUGCUCCAAUUCAAGAUGUACCACUUGCUAAUCCUCAAAAUACAUCUCCAAUCAGAGGAAGCACUAGAUCACCUGUUGAUCUUCAUGGUGAUUGCGGGUUGGCAUCCCCAAAAUCAAAUACAAGAUUAGCUUUUGUUCUGCGAAAGGAUACAUGUGGAGAGCUUAAUUUGAACUUGAUUAUCGAUGUGGAUUUUGACAUUGUUGAGUUUUCACUAUGUUACCUUAAAAUUGUUACAGACAGUGAAGCAGUAGGAUAUGACAUUACAAGAGGAAGUUCCCAAACUGUAGUUGUAAGUCUUAUAAGUGAUCAGGAUGACUGCAGGCGUCUAAGAUAAAGUAUUAAGUAUGCAUGGUAGCAGUGCAUUGUUAGUAUUGUUGAACUGCACAUACUUUUCAGUUUUACCAGUUUUGGAAGAGAUUGGAGCAUAUGAGCUUUGACAAAAUUGUUGACGAAUUGGGAGCUGAUGAAAUUUUGCUCAACUGUAUCAACUUUGAUGGUCAAGGAAACAGCUACAACACCAGCAAUAGAACCAAGUUGUGGUUCCAAUUCCUCAACAACCAGGCUUAGCAGCAAUACACCGAAUCCUCAGCCACCACCACUUCCAACAUUGGUUCAUUUUUUUUUUCUUGAGUAGGACAAAAAAUAACAUGGGGAUACUACUGGUAAGAAGUUUUUAUAAGGCUGAACGCAAGAAAUAUCAACC